UGCAGCGCCAGUAGGCGGAUGCGAUCCGUUGGACUCGUGUUCAGAAGCAACAGUGGCAACCUGUUGUGCUCCUUUCCCGCUGAGUGGGGUACUUGAGAGCGUUCAUUGAAACUUCGAAGCGUCGUCUUGUCGAGUUGGGAGGACACGUGUACCAAGGAAAAUAUGCCUCAGACAAUGACGGUCGACCUGGCCGAUCUACGGUCUCGUUACACGGGACGACUUCAACAUUCCCUCGUUGUCUCGCUCUUGGGAGCGCUCCUCGCCUUUGGAGUGGCCUUUCUUGUUCUUGUACUUGCUGUUUAUCCUCAUGAAUUUGGCUCAGGUGCAGACCGUUUCAUCUGCCUGUGCGUGGCCCUUUCCAUCGUCGUAUUACUUCUAUUGACGUUGCUGCCACUGGAAGCUGUUUUUGACCGUUGUUCCCGAACCGUGGCAUUCAUUGUGUGGACCUUGCUAGUGGCUGUGACUACUGUUUGGACCUUUCUGAAGCGGCGCGUGACUACGGUUGACGCUCUUCCCGCAAUUUUCGUCACGGUCUUCCUUCUGCACGCUGCUCUUCCAUUGCGGCCUGCAACUGCCAUUGCGGUGGGACUUCUUACAUCUGUAAGCCAUCUCACCGUUGCUGCAAUGUUGGCUAAUGCCGACAGGAAUCACUUCUGGUGCGAGAUAUGUGCAAAUAUUGUCUUUUUGGCCGUGGCGACAGCUGUAGGGUGGUUCCACCGACACUUGAGAGAGGCUGGUCAGGCCCAAAGCUUCUCCUCAACUCAAGAAUGCAUCGAAGCACGGAUCAAGCUCGAAUAUGAAAAGGAGCAACAGGAACAACUGCUGCUGAGCGUCAUCCCUGCCUACAUAGCAGCCGAAGUGAAGCGGAGCAUCAUGCUCAAGAUGGCGGAUGCUUGUCAAACAUCAGGAAAAUCGAGCCGUCAACGCUUCCACGAGCUCUAUGUGCAACGACACAACAACGUCAGCAUUCUGUACGCUGAUAUCGUCAACUUCACGCGGCUUUCGGAACAGUUGUCAGCGUCCGACCUGGUGCAGACGCUGAACGAGCUGUUCGGAAGAUUUGACCAAAUCGCCCAGGAUAAUCACUGUAUGCGGAUCAAGAUACUUGGUGACUGCUACUACUGCGUGUCAGGACUUCCCGUGUCGCGUCCAAGUCAUGCGUACAACUGUGUCCGUAUGGGUCUCCAGAUGAUCGAAGCAAUCCGCGUGGUUCGCGAAGCGACCGAGGUCAACGUGGACAUGCGCAUUGGCGUUCACACCGGCAACGUUUUGUGCGGAGUCAUAGGACUCCGAAAGUGGCAGUAUGACGUGUGGUCCGAUGACGUCACCUUGGCUAACCACAUGGAAUCAGGAGGAGUUCCUGGUCGAGUUCACAUUACAAAAGCAACUUACCACCAGUUAGAUGGGAAGUUUGAAGCGGAGCCUGGCAAUGGCCAUCUUCGGGACAACUACCUAUCUGAUAGACAAGUGGAGACAUACCUGAUCGCUCCUCAAAAGAAGGAGACCGCUGAGGAGAGCCCGGUCAAAGAGAAUGGUAAUCGGCACAGGUCCAUGUCGAAAAUGUACAAACACGUGGAGUGCUGGGGCGCCGACAAACCCUUCUCCAACAUUUCGGAGAGCAUUCUGGCCAAAAAUGUCGGUCUCACGAGCCUGGCAUUGAUUGAAACCAACCUACUUCCUGGAACAGAAAACUUUUGGGACUGUUGCAGGCGGUGUACUCCUGAGGGACUAGACCCAUUACUGCUACGGUUCUACGACAGUGGGCUGGAAUCUCAAUUCCACGCUCAGGCAGAUCCACAGUUCCCGCAGCAUGCCGCCGGAUCUGCACUUCUUUUUGGUGCUAUCAUUGUCAUCCAGCUUCUUACCCUGAGUUUACAGCUUAUGCUAGUGUCUGUGCUGGCUUCCGCAGCCUUGGUCGUUGGUAUGCUGACACUAGCCGCAUGGACACGCCAGUGCCAGGCUACUGAAAAUGAGACGAGAACCCUGGCAUCCUGCUACUCAUCCGGUUUAACUACCAACGUUGUGUUGCGUAUCUUGUUCUUCCUUACAACAACACUCUUUAUUCUGUCUGCAACCUUCGUCAAUAUGAUAACCUGCGGGAGUGAGACAGGGAUUGCUGCGUCGCUCAGCUUCAACGACUCCAACAUCAGUUAUGGUCCUGUGAUGAUGUCAGAAGCCAAUAUCCAGUGCGGACAUACCAGGUAUCAGCUACUAUGUGCGAUGUUAGCUCUGACAGCUGCCUUCGUGUUCCUGCGUAUCAACUUCAUUGUGAAGUUAGCUGUCAUGGUGAUUGGGCUACUGAGCUUCAGCCUGGCACUUAUUGGUCUUCGACCUGACCUCUACGAGGUGCCCUUAGAGCCUCACGAUCGGUUGUCCAAUGUCCCCUUCAGUGCCUACGCCGUGCUGUUUCUGGUAUUCUAUGUGGUUGUAUUACAUAUUUUGGACAGACAAGCAGAAUAUACAUCCCGAGUUGACUUCCUUUCUCGUGCCAAGCUACGUGUCGAGCAGGAGGACCUGGAAACCAUGGGCAGCAUCAACAAGAUCCUUUUGGAAAACAUCCUUCCUGCUCAUGUCGCUUCCCAUUUCCUCAGCAAUAGCCGGCUUUCUGAGGAACUCUACCACGAACGCUACAGCAGCGUAGCGGUGAUGUUCGCUUCAAUUCCAAACUACAUUGAGUUCUACGAUGAGACGGACGUCAACAAGCAGGGCCUGGAGUGCUUACGUCUGCUUAAUGAAAUCAUCUGUGAUUUUGACAAGGUUCUCCUGAAGCCAAAGUUCAGCGGCAUUGAGAAAAUCAAGACAAUCGGUAGCACAUACAUGGCUGCAGCGGGACUGCAUCCAGGCAGAGAAGGGAACGGCGAAAAGCCGCGCGAAGAACACAACGUGGUGAGCUUAGUUGAGUUCGCCGUCACACUGAUGGCACUCCUGGAACAAAUCAAUCGAGAGUCUUUCCAAAGGUUUAAGCUCCGAAUAGGUAUCAACCACGGCCCAGUUAUAGCAGGUGUGGUCGGCGCACAGAAACCCCAGUAUGAUAUCUGGGGAAACACAGUAAACGUCGCCAGCAGAAUGGACAGUUGUGGAGUCAUAGGCAGAAUACAGGUAACGGAAGACACGGCGAAUACUCUGCAGGCUUGUGGUUACGAAUGCGAAUGCAGAGGUUCUAUAUACGUCAAGGGCAAAGGAACCUUGACCACCUAUUUUGUGAAGACACAGUUCGAUAGGAACGACAGUUCUACGAGGCUGUAAACGGUCUUCGGAGCGAACAAAAUCUCAAUCCAAACCUUGAUCUCCAUCCCGAUACCCCAUCAAGAUGGUGGACCAGGAAAAUGCUAGCCUGUGAAAAAAAAAACGAGCAUUCUCACAUGCUGCACUGGCAGGACAGGCCAUUAUCCACAUGUUUUUCGACCCAUACCGUUCAUGGCCAAACAGCUCGACAGGCACGAGGGGGAAAAAAGUGUGAAAAAUGAAGGGUUGCCAGCGAACGCCACGUAACUUCGUUCGCCCAGCGGUUGUUGUACGAUAGAAUUUAGCUUGCCAUAAAGAAGCGAGCGGGUACCUCUCGAGCAAAAAGUCGUA